AUGCUCCAACUAAAAGCUGGAAUGCAGCAGCCCCUAGAGAGGGGACCUGCUGAGAGGAGAGUGGAUGGGCAGCAGACUCAGCCUGAGGAGGCAGAGUCGGCCUCUGUGUCCUGCAGCAGGAAAUACCAUUCCUUGAUCCAGGAUCAGGCUCGAGAGUUGACCCACCUGAGGCAAAAGAUGAGGAUGGGGAGAGCUUUCUCUUCCCUUCUCAUCCAGCAUGUCAGGAAUACGGUGAGAACCUUUGAGGAGCUCCUUAGCAGCAGCAGAGUUGACCGCUACAUGGAACAGCACUUCCGUGAGCAGCUGACCAAGGGGAGCCAACUGGCAGAGAGCCUUACUAGCAAAUUCAGCACAGGUGACUGUACAAGUGAGAAGAAUCAAGCAAGACAGAUGCUGCGGACCCUCAGUCUCUUAAGGGAAAUGCAUAAGAAGGGUAAAGUGACAGAAGUCCUAAGGACCAGGCAGGAGGCCCAGCCCCAUACUCUGCCUCAGAUCCACUCCAGCAACCAUGGCCAGUCUGCCCCCCAUAUGUCCUCCAGCAGCAUCUCCCCGCUUCAUGAAGAGCAAGAAGAACGCCCUUCAGUGGAUGUGGCCAGUGUCACCCCAGCCAUUCCUGCUGAUUCACCUUCGUUGCUCCGCAACCAUCCAGAUGCCAGAUCUGCCCAGCCCUCCCAUCCUCUGAGAGGCACCACACAACUGAGCAGGACAGCAGACCCAGGGCACCAGGGCAACAGUGGCCCAUGGGACGAGAUGAGGCCUCAGAAAAUGAAUGCAUCUGGGCAUCUAUCCUCCUUCUCCUCUUUGUACCGGCCCAACUCCAAACCCUCUGGGGCUGACCUACUGGAAAAGAAUCUUGUGGAGAUCCAGAACCUGCGCCAGCGCCUGGAGGAGUCCAUCUGCCUCAACGACCGCCUGCAGGAGAGGCUGGAACACGUGCUCAGCUGUGCUGACAAAGGAAAAAGCACCACACGGUCCGCUCCAGGUGUCUCCCUUGCAACCCCUCAUUCAUAUGCUCCCAGUCACUCUUCCGGCUCUGCUCAGGACAUCUUGUGACAUAUGAUGUCUGGACGGUCUAGAAGGAUGUUCUCCAGGACUUCUCCAGCCCUAUCCAACAACAUUCUUGGCUGUGAACUUGGAGGCAUCGACAUCGACCUUUAAAAGAAUGGAUCAAAUUAAUAAAUUCUUAUUUAAAAA